AUGGACGCUACUAUACUAUGUAUACAGGUUCAGAAAGGUGAAGACGAUCCACAAACAGAAGCCGACAGGCAGGCGCAGGUACUGCUCGUCUCUGCGUUCUUAUCGAAAUGGCCCACAAUCAAAGUUGUUGGUGAAGAGGGUGGACUGGGACACACGGAAUACACCAAGAAAGCUAUUGAUGCGGAUCUUGAUUCGUCCGUUAUGGCUGAAAAAUGUCCUGAAAAUCUCGGGAAUAUCACUCUCGAAGAUGUGGUCGUUUGGAUUGAUCCCUUAGAUGGUACCAAAGAGUUUACACAAGGUGUUGUGAGUGCGGUGACCGUGCUGGUGGGUAUUGCUGUGAGAGGACAGGCAGUCGGAGGUGUCGUAUACCAGCCAUUCCAUAGUAAGACUAACGACGGCUAUACCGGAAGAGCUGUAUGGGGUAUCACUGGUCUGGGCGCCUUUGGUUACACUCCUUGUGCACGCACACGGAGUGGUCUAUAUAUCAGUACCACACGAUCCCACGCCACCAAAGAACUAGAGAAAGCUAUUGAGUACCUCAGUCCUGAAAAGGUUAUCAGAGUCGGUGGUGCUGGAAACAAGGCAUGUCAAGCAACUAUAAGCAUGCAUCCGCGUAUUCAUGCUGUAUGCCGUAGUCCGGACGUGUCGUAA